GCUACUAAAACAAUAGAAUCAAUUAGAAUAUAAAAAUGUUAUCAUAAAAUGAUAUCAAAUAAAUAAAUAUUUUCAUAAAGUAUUGAAAGGGUAUAAAAGUCAAAUUGUUGUCUUGAAAUAAUUUCAGUUUCUUUGCUUUCAUCGGAACGUUUUCAUUUCGACGCGAGUUAGUCAGGAAAUGUUACACCCAAAGUUAUUUGUGAUUGUAAAAUAUUUAAGAAUUUUGUGUGGCGUUCUGAAAUGUUGUUCCAAAUCUGUGUGGAAUGGUGUAAAGGCUGCCUCACAUUAUGGAUACGCUAGAUUUUUUGUAUUCAUACAAGACAUGGCUGAGGAGACCGGUGUCUUGGCAUUUAAGUUGAUGGUCAAUCGCAGUUUGCAUACGUUUGAAAGGAUUUUUUGGCUGCUAACAUUCAUUGGUUCCAUAUAUGGCGCCCUAUGGAUAUCGCGCUUGCAAAUUUCCCGCUUUCUCAAGUCCCCAACUGUGAUAUCUGUCGACCGCAACUAUCGCGACUGGGUCGGUUAUAUGCCUGCAAUAACAUUGUGCUAUUACGACCACAUCGAUUCGUACAAGGCGAAUGAGUUCAUUUUGGAGAAUUGGAAUGUCUCAAUUGUGGAUGAAGAUUAUUUCUAUUACAUGGACUUUCUCUAUGCCGUCGUUAAUGCUAGCGCCAGCAAUUAUGUGGAUUUGGCGAAGUUUGCCGAGGACAGUCGUUUCGACGAUGUCGAUUUGUAUGAAUUGAUACAGGCCAUCGAUAGGCCAUUUGAACAGAUCAUCAAUACGUAUGAGGGUAACUUUGAGGUGCCCGUCAAAUCGGUGAUGACCGAACGUGGAUCGUGCUAUGUCAUUAACUCGUCAAUGGGUGAAGUGCUGUCGGGGAAGUGAUCUCUAACCUUCGAUGAUUUGAAGCAACCUUUGAAAUGUCAUUUCGGUAAACAGCAGUGCUUUAUUAAAGUUGAUCUCCUGGAGAGCACGGGAACGAUUGAUGUCCAUUCCCCAUUUGAAAUCUCCUCAACAGAUGCUAGCAAUAUUGCCUUGCACAAAUCGGAUGAAAUUAUUGCUUCAUAUAAAGUUCUGGAAACGGUAGCAUCCGGUAACUUAAGAGAUUUGACCAGAGAGCAGAGAAAAUGUGUAUUCCACGAUGAAGAAACCUCGGAAUUGCAGAUUUACAGCAAAACGAUUUGUUUGGCAAAAUGUCGGGCUACCAUGGCGGUGGAAAUGUGCAAUUGUGUGCCAUUCUUUUAUACAUUUCUGGAGGGUACCAGUUGCAAUCCGGCCGGUUUUGAAUGCCUACUGGACUUUAAAUGGCCUGUAUGGGCUUUGCACAUCUGUAAAUGUCCAAAUACCUGCAUCGAGAUGGAAUAUACCCUGCACACGGCCAAGAAAAGUUCCUGGGGUGGCAGUACAUUGGACGAGACCAAAACCGAUGUGGUAACAUCAAGUUUUCGUUGGGAUCUUAUACCGCCGAAAGUGAGAAUGCGUCGAGAUGUGGUUUUUAGUUUUGAGGAUUUGUUGGUUUCCUUUGGCGGCACCAUGGCAUUGUUUUUGGGCAUAAGUUUCAUUACGGUCAUAGCAUUUAUUUAUUCCUUGGUUCGCCAUCUAUCGUGGGAUUUUAUUAAAUUAUUAAAAUUCAUCUACGAGAAAUGUUUUCGAUUUCGAAAGAGUCUGGAAAAACAUCGCAAAUUGCAAGACAUACAACACCACCAUCUGUCGGGUGCAAUCCGCAAAAGAAUGUCAUUAGUUGAUAGCAUCAAAAAGCGACGUGAAUUGUUAUUGAAAUUACGCUGCAAAGAUUCCGAUGGGGCAUUGGAUGUGGAAAAUUUGGAAGAUGAUAUGGACGAUAUUAGUGCCAGCAGCAAUCCGGGAUCGUUGUUUGAAUUUGUGCAUUGA